CACGUCCAGAUCAAUGAGAGAGGCCCGGCUCGCUCUUCCAGGAAGAAGAAGAAGGGAUUAUUAACCAGCGCGCCGCCGACAUGUGAAGGGAAAAAACGGCGCGCAGACAAAAGACAGAAGUUUUCACGCCGGCGGCCGCAGCCGUUGGACCCGGCACGCAAACACGGAGGAAAACAGAGAGAAAAAGAGAGAAGAAAAAGAAGCGGGCUGCAUGAAAACAACAACUUGUCCCAUUACAACGAGCCCAGCCGUCGGAGUGUUUUAGGGAAGAAAGAGCGACGGAGAGCGGAGGAGAGUGAGGACGGAGGGAGAAGUUGACCAUGUCUGAAUCCUCCCCGGCUGCGGGAAAGGAGAGAGGCUCUUUCAGUCCUUCCGCAAACCCGCUGCCAAACUCCACUUCCUCCCCCAUCCAUGCCCCCGCCGCGAGGACGGCCAGCCGAAUGGAGGACGACCCCGCCAGGCUGCCUGCACACCUGCGGCUGCAGCCGGUGUUCUGGAGCCGGGACGACGUGGCGCAGUGGCUGCGCUGGGCGGAGAAGGAGUUCGCCCUGCGGCCGAUCACCAGCGGCACCUUCCAGAUGAACGGCAAGGCCCUGCUGCUGCUCACCAAGGAGGACUUCCGCUACCGAUCCCCCCACUCCGGGGACGUCCUCUACGAGCUGCUGCAGCAGAUCCUGAAGCAGAGGAAGUCCCACGUGCUUUGCUCCACUGCUUACUUUCCUGGGAACUCCUUCCACUCCCAGAGCGAGGGCCCCGUGCAGCCCCUGAAGCUGGAAGAGACGGUACGGCGGGCCCCUCGUGGAACAGAGUCGGCCCCCCAGCACCCCCCCACCAUCGAGCUGCGGCACCGCUCCCGCUCCCCCCACAACCCGGGCCCGCGGCGCUCCCCCCCGGAGCCGCACCACCCCCGGGGCCCCGGCGACGACCCGCUCCAGGCCUUCUCCCAGCUGCCCGACAGCAACCACCACCUGCCGGAGGACAUGUACCCGCUGUCGGUGUCUCCCUCGGCCCCCAACGGCCGCUGCAACACGCCCCGGGAGGCCCCGUGCCCGGGCAGCCCGGGGGGCCCGGGGGGCCAGGAGGCCGGCCCUCCUCGCGUCAUCCAGCUCAUCCCCAGCACCAUCAUGAACCCUUUGCUGCUGAGCCCCAACAGAAGCGCGGGCGGCGCGGCGCUGGACUUCCGGCACGGCCGCGGUGGCCUCCCGCAGGAGAACGGGCGGGAAACGAAGGUGCACGUCCACGCCCACGCCCACGCGCUGGUCCAGCAGCAGCUGCUGCAGCAGCAGGAGGAGGCGCUCUACAGGAACCACGUCAUCAUGCCCGUCUCGCCCCCGGGGGAGCAGAUGCCCAUCGGGCGGAUAGCAGACUGCAGGCUGCUGUGGGACUACGUCUACCAGCUCCUGUCAGACAGCAGGUACGAGAACUACAUCCGCUGGGAGGAUCCCGAGAGCAAGAUCUUCCGCAUCACGGACCCCAACGGUCUGGCCAGGCUCUGGGGAAACCACAAGAACAGAACCAACAUGACGUACGAGAAGAUAUCGAGAGCACUGAGACACUACUACAAGCUGAACAUCAUCAGGAAAGAGCCCGGACAAAGACUUCUGUUCAGGUUCAUGAAAACCCCGGACGAGAUCAUGAACGGACAGACGGAGCGGCUGGAGCACCUGGAGUCGGACACAGACGAUCAAAUCUACAUCAAGGAGGAGUGCUGAGGGGUCCGUGAACUACUCGCCACUACGGCAGCCGCCAAUGCCUUUCAGAUCCUUUCAGAGCAUCUUAAAGAAGAAAACAAAUCAAUGUUGAAUCCCCAACGCACAGACGUUUGCUCGUACCGGUCCUGAAGGGGAGGACGCCACACCUGAUCUGUCUUAACAUUGCCUUAGGAUGAUAUUCCCCUGACCUACUGUAAAAAGUACCAAACAACACCUGGGAUCCACCGACGGACACCGCGGAAAGGACUUGGAGUGUCUCUUUAUAAAUCUGUGCUGCAAAAUCACUUUGUGCUUUUAUGAUUCGUUCUUUUGGGUUCUUUUAUCUCCUCACAUGCAUUAGUUCUUGGAUGUUUGCUGUUUGUACAAAGAAAAAUUGGGUGUGUGUGCGUAUGAUAGGGCUGUUUCCACAGUGAAUAAACCUUUUUGAUCA